UAUCUUAUGAACAAUACAUUUUAGCAAUAUCAGUGCAAUAAACAAUUUUGUAGAAGACAAAAUUUCCUACAAGAUUGGUACUGUGCAUAUUUUUCGUAAGAUGAGUCGUUUUUUCACUAUUAUCAAAAAUAUAUGAAAAAAGUUAAAAAAUUGACUUUCGGAGCUGAUACAAUCGACAUGGCUCGAGUUAGAGCAAAAUCGUUUUAUAGACUUUCAAAAAGCAACAGACACUCUACAAAUAAAAACUGGUUUCAAAACCAUAGCUUAAAAUCCGGCUAAGUUAUAGUAAUUAAAAAAAAAAAGUUAUUCGAUUUACAUGCUUUUUAAAAACGAAAAAUUUUAAAUGAAAAAGGAAGUACUUAAAAUUAAUAUUAAGAGCUCAAACUUUGAGGGAAUUUUUCUUUCGAUGUGUACACCCUAAUAUCUUACGUUACAACGACAUUUUAAACGUAAUAAUUUACAGAAAAAAAAAUCCCAAUAUCCUUUUUCCAGAAAUUAUUUUAUACCUAAUUAAAUGAGUUAUAUAUUUGUACUUAUAAAAAACUAUAUAGAUUAAAAGAUACAUAAGAAAUUAUGAGAACAAUUAUUUCAUUUAAAAGUACUGCUGGUAGCUCGUAGCGACCAAUGAAUGAGUUCCUCUUUACGCACAAACGAUGAUCUAAUUAAAUCAUGAUUCAUUGCCAGUGAAAGCGAUGUGCUGCCCGCCCGAUGAAAUAAUAAUCUUAUCUACAAUCGUAUAAAAAAGUAUAAACUUUAUGAUAAAACAUUUAUCGGCGGGAAAUGGAUAAAAAGUAGUACAGGUAGCGCCAUCGAGCGUUGAUCGUAUACUUACCUGAUGAUCUAUCAAGGUGUGGCAGUGUCAGUGAGAGUGGGGUAAAUACGUUUACGAACUAAAGAAUCACUUUAUAUAUACAUAUACAUAUAUGUAAUGUAUUAAUGCAUUACAUUGUACAGAGCAUGUAGUGCAUAGAGUGGGAGGACGCGAGUACACACCAUUGAAUGUGUUCCAGUUAAUGCAGUGAGUCUGCCGCACGCGGCAAAAUGGAUACUCAAGACAAAGUGCACACCUUUAUAGGGCGCGUCACUUUCUUUUGUUUAUUAACAGUUAAUAUUAUAAGCUGUCAAGAUUCGAGAUACGGAAGUCAAUAUAAUCAGUACAGUCGCGAAGGUGUUUAUUUACCGCCAGGUAGUCCUGGCUAUCAAACUUAUUUUUACAAAGACAGAAGAUAUGGGUAUCAGUCCAGCUACUUGGAUCCUAUAUCCCGAGUUCCAACUCGUGCUCCUGAAGAUCGAUUCCACUUUGGAGAUGAUCAAUCGAGAUAUCAACAUUUGCCAGGGAUUCUUGGUCGGUGGCGGGAAGAUCUUCAGGGUAGAAUGAGACCUGAUUCGAAAAAACUUGAAGAGAAUCGUGAUAUAUAUAUCAGUACGAAUUAUGGUAGAGUUCAAGGUUUCAAAGUUAAUUUAUAUGACCAUCCGGAAGCACGUCAUCGGCCCUGGAGUAUGCCUGUUGAACGUGUCACUGCUCAAGUAAAUGUAUUCCUAGGAAUACCUUAUGCUAUGCCACCAACUUCGGAGGGCAGGUUUAAACCACCUCGUACUCAUAGAGGUUGGCAAUUAUUGCAAGCGGUCGAUUGGGGACCAGCUUGUCCUCAGCCGAGUAAUUAUACUGGUGCCACAAAAGGAAUUCGUGAUGUUGAUGAAGAUUGUUUGUACUUGAACAUCUUUACCCCUUCUUUCGUAACCGGUGUUCCUAAAUUAUAUCCCGUCAUGUUUUACAUUCACGGCGGUGAAUUUACACACGGAGCAAGUAAUCUAUUUCCUGGGCACAUGUUGGCUGGCUUUUAUGAGGUCAUAGUCGUGUCAAUAAAUUACCGUCUAGGUGCAUUGGGUUUUCUGAGUACAGGCGAUGAAUACAGUCCAGGAAAUUAUGGAAUUUUAGAUCAAGAAAUGGCGCUUAAGUGGGUGUAUGAUAACAUCAAAUCAUUUAAUGGUAAUCGUGAAUCAAUUACACUAUUCGGACCAGGUGCUGGAGCGGCGAGUGCUGGAUUACUUAUGGUGGCACCACGCACUGCUCAUAUGGUAUCAAAAGUAAUAGCACAAUCUGGAUCAGCAUUAGCCGAUUGGGCCUUUAUCGUUGACAAAUAUCGCGUACAAAACACAUCACGUGUCUAUGCUGAAUCACUUGGUUGCAAUAUAGUAAAUAGUCAAGAACUAUUCAAUUGUCUCUAUACCGGGCGAAGUUAUCUCGAUCACGGUAAUUCCGAAUUACAACCGCAUGUUGGUAUGUUUCCUUGGGCGCCAGUAUUGGAUAGAAAUUUUACUGUACCGCCAGAUAAUUUAUAUGAUGAUUGGCGGGCAUCAGAUUGGCACUUUUUUACCGAAACGCCUGAACAAAGUAUCAAAGCCAAUCGAUUUAGACGCGAUAUCGCUUACAUGGCUGGCGUUACAACCCAAGAAGCCGCUUGGAUGAUAUUCAAUAAUGAAACAUUACGUCGAAGACAAUAUCGUAUUGAUGAAGAAAUAUUUAAUCAAAAAAUUUGGGAAAUGGUUUUACGUUAUAAUUAUACUCUCAAUCCUUAUGGUGCUUACGAAGCUAUAAAAUAUAUGUAUACAUUCUGGCCGGAUCCUAAAAAUGUAACAUUAAUACGCGACCAAUUGAUAAAUUUACUGUCCGAUUUUCAUUAUGUUGCGCCUUUUGAUAAAAUGGCUAAAUUGUUGGUUGAAAAAAAAGUACCAGUUUAUUUAUAUGUUUUAAAUACAAGUGUUGAAGCACUUAAUUUAGAUCACUGGCGAAGAGUUCCACAUGAUACUGAAUAUUUAUGGUUAACUGGUGCACCGUUUAUGGAUCAAGAAUUUUUUCCAGAUAAAUGGAAAGUCUCACGUGACAUGUGGACUGAUAAUGAUAGAAAUAUGAGCCAUUUUUUUUUGAAGGCUUACUCUAAUUUUGCUAAAUAUGGUAAUCCAACCCCAUCACAAAUACUAGGAUUACAUUUCGAAGAGGCGCAGCAAGGCUAUUUGAAGUACUUGAAUAUUAAUACGACAUUUAAUAGUUCUGUUUUAUAUAAUUAUCGACAAACUGAAAGUGCAUUUUGGUCACAAUAUUUGCCAACUGUUAUUGGACGAUUGGUACCAACUUAUCCACCUGUUACUGAGUACUGGUGGGAACCGAAACAACCCCUUCAAAUAGCAUUCUGGUCGAUGUCAACUGCAUGUCUGCUGCUGAUAGUUCUUUGUGUUGUUUGUUGUAUGCUAUGGCGUAAUGCCAAAAGAGCAUCCGAUCACUACUAUAGCGGGGACAUCCUGAUGGUACGAGACGACGAGCAUUCGGAGGGAAUCGAGAAUAUAAAUCGCGCAUCAAAAGACAAUUUAUAUGAGUAUCGUGAUACUCCGCCGCCACAAAAAGCAAGAAUACCACGACAAGUAGAUCAUAGUCAUAAAGUUAAUCAAGAUCAUUUGGCUCAAAAUCGUAAAUUCAGUUCAACGCCAUCGUUACGAAGUAAUUCAAAUAUGUCAUUGAGAGAUAUGCGCAGUGAAGGUUUCGUUACAAGUUCACCCAACGGUCAACCAAAAAUUAGUAAAGCUUCGAGUCAAUCAACUUUGACUAAAGGUAAAGCUAAGACGCAUAUUGUGCAAGGAGUUCCUCAAACUGCAGUAUCAAUUAAUGUUUUUUUAUGGACAAAUAAUGAAGACGGAAUGCCUGCUGGCGGUAACAGUCGUUUUCGCGGUUACCCUGCGCGGAUGUCCGAACGUCAACAGUUAGCUCUUUUGCUGCAAAUUACCUCACAAGAAAUUGUGUCACCUGUGCCGGAGGCAAGUGCGAGUCCAAGGGCUACGAAAAACAAAGGAAGUAAGUGGAAAAAUGGAGAUAGUGUUAACCGGAAGCCGGACUAUCGAAUAAAACGAAUCGAUAAUAACUAUGAACAAAAUUCUGGUAAAGGAUCAAAUUCAGAGAGUGAGAAACUGAGAAUCGAAGAUCGAUUGAUAAUAAAUUACGCUGAACAAAUUGGAGAACGAGAAACUGAAAAUUGUAAAGAAUUUACUGAUCAGGAAAAGCAGGACGAGCAGGAACAAGACGUUCUGAAGCAAAAGAAGCUAAGAUCCGAGGAAGAUACCAGACCCAGAGCUGGUGGAGAGAGUGGAGCCCCCUGUGAAAUGCGUAGAACACCACCUCAAAACAAAGUGGACAGAUCGGGAACCGGACAAUCCGGAAGCUCGCCACGUGUAACACUGCGCAUAAACAACGUGCGUAGCGGAGCUAGGGAUGAAAAAAAAGGCAGCAGUACUCGUCCGAGCUUUAUAAACGCUUCGACAAGUCCGAUGGAUACCACCUCCAGUCCCAGUACCACCACUACUGCUCCCAGUAAUUGCUCCAAUAACACGAAUCCUACAAACUCCAACCCCAUAAACUCGAAUGCCAGUUCAAACUCAAAUCUCAAUUCCAAUUCCAACUCCAAUAUCAACUCCAGUUCUAAUUUAAAUCCUAAUCCCAAUUCAAAUCCCAACACCAACACCAGCAACAAGUUAACGUCUUCCUCAGCUGCCUCGGCAUCGUCAACUACCACGACCACAACUAGCUCUGCUGGUGCCAUUUCAUCAGCGAGCUCGUCAUCAGCAACACCAGCAAAUGUCUCUCCAGAUACCACUGACGUCUAUGAGUUCAAAAGCUCCAAAGAACCGACUCCUGUUCGCGGCUCCAGUUCUUCACCUAAUCCUCCUGGGGACAAAGAUAAAAUAAAUAAUAAUAAUAACAACAAUAAUAGUAAUAAUAAUAAUAAUAAUAGCAGCAGCAGUAGUAGUGGUAGUUCUACUGCUACUUCUACGACCACGACCACCACCAACACUACUGCUAAUAAUAAUAGUAGCACUAAUAAUAAUAACAGUAGUAAUAGUGCAAUCCCGUCGUCAAAUAUUUCUGGAAGCGCAACUGGAGCAUCAGCUACUGAUUCAAGUGGAUCCACUGGUGCUGCUGAAUUAAUUACGACAGGUUCCCCAUCUUCGAAACGAAGUUAUGAAGACACUGAUGACCAGGAUGAAGAAAUAAAACGCAAAAAGCGCAAAGAAGUUGAUCCUAAAGAAGGAAAUAAAAGUACUCCGGGUAGACAGGGUACUGGACGUGUUGCUGGUGAUAAGUUUGACAAGGUGAGCACAAGCGUAACCGCGUCAUUUGUUGAACAGUGUGUAAAAACAGGCAAGCAGACUUCCUCAGCAACAUCAUCAGCGUCAGCAUCUGCGUCCGCUAACAAGAAUCAAAACUCUGGGUCAGCAUCCUCAGCAGCAGCGACCGCCGGUGAUCGUAAAAGUCCAAGUUCGACGGCCGCUAGCAGUCCGAAGCCUGCCGGUAACUCUGCCAGUAGCAAAGCUGGAGAUUCCGACGGUGACGAAGACCGGGGUAAGGGUUCAGAAGGCGCUGCGCCCAAAGUCCCUCCUUUGAAGAUCGUGAUACCCCAGAGUACCGCCGAGCAGGAACAGGGAGCGCGUAAUGGUAAAAAUACUUCGACUCGCGGUCAUCAGCUGCCGUAUGUCGUUCCCAGUUCAAACAGCAGCGACUCCAAUGACAAAGAUUCCGCUGCUGCUGGUGGUCCUGCAGGAGGGACUACCAGUCCCACAGAAGCUGUCAAGACUGAGGACAAAAAAGAUUUCGCGGGUGCCAUUCACAAUGAGGAGAGAUCGACUCACCAUCAAAGAGUUCUGAGAAGUUCCCACAGAAGCGGAAACGGGAACGGAACAUCUAAGGAUUCAACCCAGUAUUCAAACUCGUCCCCUCUGGCAACCGAUCGUUCAAACAAUUCAUCACCCCAAGCGCGUCACACUUCUCCCACCCCCGAAACAAACACGGAAACGAAACCCGUGAUUACUGAAAUCGCAUCCUCUAACCCAAAGUCAUCAUCGACGAACAGGGAAGCCGAUAAGCCAGACAAAAGCGACGUCAAAAUAAAAGACGAACCUACGGAAUCAACUUCAGCAUCAUCGACUACCACUCCCGCAGCCCCGACUCCCACAGCGACAGAACUGCAUCCUCGUAAACGCAAAAUGAAGCCCAAAGAAACUGCCGCCGCAGCUUCGACGGCCGAAUCCUCAGAAGCCAACAACACUGGCACUGAAGUUCAUCCUCACGAUCAGCCGAUAACGAAUUGCUACCAACUGUUUCUGAGUAUACGUAAACAAAUUGAAAGACGGCGCAAAGGUUUGUUCCCAGUACAGCCGAAACCUCCUCAGGGAUUCAAGGACUACCUGAUGAACCGGUGCACUUAUGUCCUGGCUGGCAACGCCAGCAAAGAGCCGAAUGUCAAGCCUCCCAUCGCCCUCUCAGAACCCAUGAAAACGCUUUUCUCAAAGCAGGAGAGUGAGCGGUACCGUCUUCGCAUGCAACAUGUCGUCGAAAAAGAAAAGUUAGUCCUGUCAGUAGAGCAGGAAAUUUUAAGAGUUCACGGACGUGCCGCCAGGGCGCUUGCUAACCAGGAAUUACCUUUUUCUGCAUGCACUAUUCUGAAAGAUGAAGAAGUCUAUAAUGUUAUUACUCCAGAGCAGGAAGAAAAAGAUCGUAAUUUAAGGAGUAGAUACAACGGAAGAUUAUUUCUGAGCUGGCUUCAGGAUGUUGAUGAUAAGUGGGAAAAAAUCAAGGAAUCCAUGUUACUGAGACACCAUAACGAGGCUGAAUCAUUACACGCAGUACAAAAAAUGGAUUGGGAAUGGAAACUAAAAGAAGUUGGUCUGUGCGAGGUUAAAGUACAGCCACAGAUUGACGACAUUCAUGUGCCAAUGGUUCAUGUUUCUGAUGAUUUUGAUCUUCUUCCCGCCUAAAAUUACCCACGAAAUUUAUUAUUAAUUACAAUCACCAUCACACUUGAUUAUAAUUAAAAUUUAAAAUUUAAUUUUUCUUUAAAGUUGAAACUGUGAUCGUCGACUUUUUUAGGUUACAAAUUAUUACUAAUUUUUUGAUAGCUUGUAUCAAAAUACUUAAAUCUUGAACAAUAAUUGUAAAAUAUGAGCUGUAAA